UCUCUCUCCACCUGUCUCUCUCUCUCUCUCUCUCUCUCUCUCUCUCUCUCUCUCUCUCUCUCUCUCUCUCUCUCUCUCAUCACGUCGACCCAGCGGAUCAAUUCUCUGACGGAUCAGUUUUAAUUCAAUGUUCAAGCUGCGGCCGGAAGCUCGUGCUGAUAAAGCGGAGAUAUCUGGUUCCGUGUGAGACCUUCAUCUUCAUCCUCAUCUCUACCCUCAUCUUCAUCUUCAGCAUCAUGUCCGGAACCAAGGAGGAAGACCGCAAAGGCUCGAGCGACUGGCGGGAAUUCUUUUGGAACCCGCGAACCCACGAGCUGCUGGGUCGAACCGCCACGAGCUGGGGUCUGAUCCUGCUCUUCUACCUGGUCUUCUACCUGUUCCUGGCCGGGAUGUUUGUUCUCACCAUGUACGUGAUGCUGCUCACGCUGGACGACUACAAGCCCACGUGGCAGGACCGCCUGGUGACUCCAGGGAUGAUGAUUCGUCCGAAGGGCGAUCAGCUGGAGAUCACGUUCUCUGUGUCAGAGACUGAGAGCUGGGGCGGCUUUGUCCACAACCUCAACUCCUUCCUGUCUCCGUACAACGACAGCUACCAGGUUCAGACCAAUGAUGACUGUCCUCCAGAUCAGUUCUUCAUUCAGGAGGACAGUGGAGAGGUGAGGAACAAUCCAAAACGUUCUUGUCAGUUUAAUCGAACGAUGUUGGACGACUGCUCUGGGGUUUCAGAUCGUUUCUAUGGUUACAGCAGAGGUCAGCCCUGCAUCCUCAUCAAACUGAAUCGGGUUAUCAACAUGUUGCCGGGAAAGGACGGACAGUCUCCUUAUGUCACCUGUGGAGCCAAGAGGGAGGACAGUGAUAAGAUUGGACAGCUGGUGUAUUAUCCUCCUAAUGGAACAUUCAAUCUCAUGUACUACCCGUACUACGGCAAGAAAGCUCAGGUGAACUACACUCAGCCGCUGGUGGCCGUGAAGUUCCUGAACGCCUCUCUGAACACAGACAUCAGCGUGGAGUGUAAAAUCAACUCCAACACUCUGUCCCCCGGCAGCGAGAGGGACAAGUUCGCUGGACGGGUUUCCUUCAAGCUGCGGAUCAAUGACAAAUAGACACGAGGCAGUGAACGCCUCGUCCAGAUGUGUCCUGUUGAAACCCUGUGAUGCAUUCACUGACUCACAUGAUCCCAGAUGUGUCCUGUUGAAACCCUGUGAUGCAUUCACUGACUCACAAGAUCCCAGAUGUGUCCUGUUAAAACCCCGUGAUGCAUUCACUGACUCACAUGAUCCCAGAUGUGUCCUGUUGAAACCCCGUGAUGCAUUCACUGACUCACAUGAUCCCAGAUGUGUCCUGUUGAAACCCCGUGAUGCAUUCACUGACUCACAUGAUCCCAGAUGUGUCCUGUUGAAACCCUGUGAUGCAUUCACUGACUCACAUGAUCCCAGAUGUGUCCUGUUGAA